CUGAAAGAUGGCUCAAGGAAGAGGCAAAAGUUCAUUGAGUGCUCUGAUACUACUAUGUUGCAUGUUGUUGCAUUGUUGUGACAUGGCUUAUGCAACCACAUACACAGUUGGGGAUCAAUAUGGUUGGAAAUUCUUUAUUACUAAUUGGACUGAGGGGAAGAGUUUUAAGGCUGGCGAUAUACUUGUGUUCAAUUACAGUCCAUUGAAUCACAAUGUGGUGGUAGUGGAUGCGAAUGGCUACAAGAAUUGCAACGCUGCAGGUGGAAAAGUAUAUAACUCAGGACAUGAUUCCAUCACGCUUCCAAAGGGUCAAAGUUACUACAUCAGCAGUUUUACUGAUCAGUGCCAAUAUGGUAGCAUGAAAAUGGCAGUGUAUGCCACACAAACAAGUCUAAAAGAUAUGGCUCAGGGAAGAGGCAAUAGUGCAUUGAGUGUUCUCGUAUUACUAUUUUUCACGUUUGUGCUUAAUUGUGACAUGGCUAAUGCAAUCACAUAUAAAGUUGGAGAUGCAGGUGGUUGGAGGUACAAUGUUGAUAACUGGCCUCAGGGCAAGAGUUUUAAGACUGGUGAUAUACUUGUAUUCAAUUACAAUCCAUUGUUUCACGACGUGGUGGCAGUGGAUGAGGCUGGCUACAACAAUUGCAGUGUUCAAAAUGGAAAAGUAUAUAGAUCAGGACAUGAUUCCAUAACACUUCCUCAGGGUCAGAGUUACUUCAUCUGCAGUCUUCCUGGUCACUGCAAGGCUUCGAUGAAAAUAGCAGUCAAUGCAGCCUGAAGUUAGAUAAAAAUGAAAAUCUAUAUAUGUCCUUGUUAUUAUUAUAAUAUAUGAAGUUAAACUUACAUUACAUGC